CAAACAGUUGAGUUGUCACUUGUCAAUUGAUUGACAUUUAAAUUGUCAAUUGUCAUAAUCUAUUUAGUCUUUGGUCAGUAGGUAUUGAUUAUUUCGGGAGUUUUUAUUUUGUUACUUUUUCCUCGCGUGUCAUAAAAACAUAUUUAAUAAAUAUAUUUGUAACAAAUGUGUAGUGAUUCUAAUUUAUUCAUGUUUAGACAUCCGCAAAAAUCACGCGCUAGAUACAGUAAGAACCACGUUUCCAUAACUAUUUUAUUUUCCUUUUGUUUGUGAAGUAGUGUCGUAUUAUUAUAAAAUGAAUUAUGAAACAAAUAGGCUCAAUACGUUUUCCAAUUGGCCUGCAUCGGCGCCUGUUGAUCCUAUCAGGAUAGCGAAGGCCGGGUUUUUCUAUACUGGACAAGGAACGGAGGUGCAGUGUUUCAGUUGUGGAGGUAAAAUAUCGGAUUGGAAUUAUGGAGACCAGGUGAUGUGGAGACAUCGAAGAAUGGAGCCUACCUGUGGUUUUGUAUUAAAUGCCCAGCUUUCGGGCAAUGUACCACUGGUGCUAGGUCCAGGAUGUCCAUCAGUUGGUGAAACUACCACAUCAUUAUCCGCACCUGAGGAGCAAAAUGAUUCGGUUGAGCCUACAGGAGAUUAUGGGCAUACAGAAGAAGACGAAAUGUAUAAAAGUGAUGCUUUGCGACUCCUGUCUUUUAUAAAUUGGGAUGAUGAGUCAGUAUCACGUGAGUCUCUGGUGAAUGCUGGCUUUUACCACGCGGGCAACGGCCGUCUCCGAUGCGCUUGGUGCGGUGGUGAAUUGGCUCCCUUCAGGUGCUUUUGGAUCCCUGGGGCCUCCUCUUGAAGUUCACAGAAUGUACUUUCCCCUUUGCGAGCACGCGGCGUCGUUGGAAGCCGCGCAGAACAACACGAAUAUGUCUCCGCCGUCGUCGCCGACACCAGACCCGCCACGAAGCCAACCUGUCCCGGAAAGCAACGAGGACCAACCCAAUCAGUCUCAGACGUCGGGCGCGGUGCACAACGAGCGGCUGCUGAGCGCGGGCGGCACGUGGCGCUCGCUGGGCGUGGUGAGCGGCGGCGCGCGCCACUCGCACCAUGCCGCGCUCGCCGCGCGCCUCGCCAGCUUCCAGCGCUGGCCCGCCGACCGGCACCAGACGCCCACCGCUCUGGCCGAGGCGGGCUUCUUCCACACCGGCACCGAUGACCAGGUGCGGUGUUUCUACUGCGACGGCGGGCUGGGUAAAUGGGAGGCGGGCGACACGCCGUGGUCGGAGCACGCGUACUGGUUCCCGCACUGCGGGUACGUGUUGCUCGUCAAAGGGCAGGAGUUCAUCGACAACUGCCGGAAUCGAACCUCGGUACAACGAACUUUUUCUGCAGAAAGUGGACUUACUUCAAGACGACGAAAUCCUGGUGUCAAUUUUCCAGUUACUGAAAGUCAGGUGGAGGAAUGUAUGGAGAGUCCAAUAGCGUUGGCUGCACUAGGCGCGGGACUCGACGCCGCUCGGGUGCGGCGGGCUUUAGCAAGGCGAUUACGAGUUUCAGGGCUUCCGUUCCAUUCGUCGGAGGCGUUGAUUGACGCGGUGCUAGACGAACAAUUGAACGAAGAGGCGUGGAAUUGCAUCCCGCAGAGUCAGAGACUCGCGCGAGACAUACUCGCCGAGACACUGCGGGAGUUCGCGCCACGGUCUGGUAUAAUUGCCAACCAAUGGAGCGACAGGCCGGAUAGUGCGAGAUCUCAAUCCGACACGACAUCGAGAUCCCUAUCCCCCGUUGAAAGCGAACCAACGAGGGCACAGAAUGAGAACGAUAGUGCACCUAAUGUGCUUAAUGUACUACCACCAAAUGAAACCAAACCAGUGUCAAGUGAAGAUGUAGAAAGUUCACCCAAAAAGGAACCUAAACAAUUGACUUUGGAGGAAGAAAAUCGACAGUUGAAAGAAGCCCGCCUGUGCAAAGUGUGCAUGGAUAGUGAAGUGAGCGUGGUGUUCCUGCCGUGCGGACACCUGGUGUCGUGCGGGUCGUGCGGCGCGGCGCUGGCGGCGUGCCCGCUGUGCCGCGCGCCCGUGCGCGCCCUCGUGCGCGCCUACCUCGCCUGACCGCGCCGCGCCGCCACACACGGAUAAUGAAACACAACAUUCAACUUACUAUGGUUUUACAUUUGACAAUGACGAUCAUCAUGUUUCCAGAUGCUGCGUGAUUGUGAUUGUAAGUCUAUUGACUUGAAUUUAUCCAGUAAGGAUUAAAAAAAAAAUGAAAAAUAUUGUUAGCUAUAAAAAGGCCUAUAAAAAUUAUUGUGAUAAGAGAGGAAAAAUAACUUAUGGUCAAUAUUUUAUUUACCGGCUCGCCCUUUUAGUGUGAUAACUUCCAAAUCUGGUAAAUGAAUAAUGAGUUAAAAUUAUGAAUGCGUUAACUCGACUUAAUUGUUUCUGUAUUUUUAUUGUAUAGCGACGUUUCUUUAAAACACUAUCCAAACUACGAAAAACGUUUGGAAGACAUUCUGGCUUUUAGGAUUUAUUUUUUAUUUUAUUAUUUUUGUAUUCUCAUUUCCGGUUUUGAUUUGAAUAUGUACUCGUCUACCCAUACGUAAAUUUAUGAUUAUACUGAAAUAUAUUAUUUUUACAAUGGUUACGUAUCAUAUUAUAAAUAAUGUCCUAUAUUUGGAAAUGUUUGUUUUAUAACCUCAGAGGAUAUUUUUUUCAGGUCAGCAAGCUUUAUUCCGUCUUCGGGGGCGUAUCCGUCUCUUUAUUUACGCGCGUUCUAAUCGAAAGACAGUUUUGGUAUAUAUGUAAAAAAGGCGAAAAGACGGAUACGUCCUCCUAGACUAAAUUGUGCGCAUUGACCUUAUUAAAAACUACAUUGAAACAAUGGAAUAUUAUAUUUCGUAGCUAUUACGAGUAAUCAUUGCAUUUAUUUAUGAAAUAACAACUGAAUUUUACAUAUAAAAUAACAACAAUUUUUUUGAAAAGAAUAUAUCACUACGUAUCACUUGGAAAAGUUUAUGGUCACUAAUCUAUGAAUAUUAAAUUAUAAAUAGUGUAUUUUGUCUAACAUUAAAACGGCUGUACGGAUUUUAAUGUAUUGACUAUUUUAAGAUAAAAAAAA